UCGUGAUCAAGUUUUUUUUAAAAAAAAUAUUAAUUGAUAAAUUUUUCUCUUAAUUUUCAUUAAAUUAUUUUCAGUUUGGAUUCAUCAACUUGUCUAAUUUGUAAUUAAUAAUAAUUCAAAAUGACAGCAUUAGUAAGAAAUUAUUCAAAAUUUAUUUUAAAUAAUCAUCAAAAUCAAUUUAUUCGAUCACUUUCGACAAAAGCCUAUGAAUACAUCAAAACGGAAUUGAAAGGUGCCAAACAGAAUGUUGGUCUAGUAACAUUGAAUCGACCAAAAGCAUUGAAUGCUCUUUGCGGUGGUCUCAUGGAUGAAGUUGUCGAUGCUAUGCAACAAUUCGAAAAGGACAAAAGUAUUGCCGCAAUGGUGUUGACUGGUUCGGAGAAAGCAUUUGCUGCCGGUGCCGAUAUCAAGGAAAUGGUCGAUAAAAAAUUUGAUGAAGUCAUGUUGGGAGGAUUCCUGUCUCAUUGGGACAAAAUAACAUCCAUUUCCAAACCAAUCAUCGCUGCUGUUAAUGGCUAUGCGCUUGGAGGUGGCUGUGAAUUAUCCAUGAUGUGUGAUAUAAUCUAUGCUGGUGAUAAGGCUAAAUUUGGGCAGCCAGAAAUUCUCAUCGGUACGAUACCCGGUGCUGGUGGUACACAACGAUUAACCAAAUUUAUUGGUAAAUCUCGUGCCAUGGAGAUGUGUUUGACGGGUAAUCAGAUUAACGCUCAAGAAGCUUAUGAAUAUGGGCUUGUAAGUCGUGUGUUUCCCGCCGAUAAGGUUGUCGAUGAAGCUAUAAAAUUGGCUGAAAAAAUUGGUGAAAAUUCCAAAUUAGUUGUAGCAAUCUGUAAAUCAUCCGUCAAUUAUGCCUAUGAAACUACUUUAAAACAAGGUCUAGAAACGGAAAAGAAACUGUUUUAUAGUACAUUUGCAACGAACGAUCGAAAAGAAGGCAUGUCCGCUUUUAUUGAAAAACGCAAGCCAAAUUACAGUGAUUCAUAAAUUAAUUUUGUCAAAUUAUUUUAUUUUCAAUGAUUAUUAGUAGCAAAAAUAAAUGGAGUAUAUUUUUAAAGUGAUGA